AUGGACGACACUAAGCGACCAGGGCCGUAUCGCCGCCCAGGCAAAGGAGGACGAGGCGGACGUGGAGGACGCGGUGGAGGCGGACGGGGCAGAGGUUCGCGAAGCAACGGACAAGGCCAAGACCGCCAUGCUCCAUCUCACGAUGACCACCAAGAUGAGCACAACCAUGAGCAGUUGGCGCCCGUCAAGAAGGAGACUUCCGCCCCUCAGGCGACGGGUGCACCUACGACGAGCGACCGCCGAUUCGCUGACCUACAGGGCGUUCAUCCCCUCAUUGUCAAGGCCAUCACGGAGGAUCUCAAGUUUGAGAACAUGACGCCCGUCCAGGCCGCGACUGUCGAUGAGCUGUUGCCGCCCAACCGUCAUGACUGUCUUGUGCAGGCCAAGACUGGCACAGGCAAGACACUCGCCUUCCUCAUCCCGGCUCUGCAGACCAUGAUCACACAGAAGCGGCCGGCCGACGCUGGCAUCUCGCUGCUCGUCAUCUCACCGACGCGCGAGCUUUCCAUGCAGAUAGCCACCGAGGCAACCAACCUCCUGCAGCGGCUGCCGCAGUACCGUGUGCGCGUCGUCAUGGGCGGCACCAACAAGAACGCAGAGGAGAGGCAAAUUUUGGGUGGCUGCGAGAUCCUCAUUGCUACCCCCGGACGCCUCCUGGAUCACCUUUCGAACCCGGAUAUUGUGUGGGCGGUGAGGAACGUGGACACGCUUGUCCUUGACGAGGCGGACCGCCUCCUGGACAUGGGUUUCAAGAGGGAUCUGCAGGAGAUUGUGCGUCACCUGCCGGACAAGAAAAAGACCAACCGCCAAGGCAUGCUCUUUUCGGCGACAAUUGCUCCUCACGUCCAGCAGGUGGCGAGCUUGGUCCUGGACCAGGGCUACGAGUUCAUCUCGACGAUCCCCGCGGGCGAUGUGAACACCCACCAGCGUGUUCCCCAGUAUCUCAUCGAGGUGCCUGACUUUGGCUCAGUUGCCCCGGCCAUGGUGGGCUGCAUUCAAGAGGAGGCAGCGCGGACGGAUCUAGGUGGACCAUUCAAGGCCAUUCUCUUCGCCCCUACUGCGGCUCUUGCCGACUUCUACGGCAACAUUCUCUCGUCGCUUCCUGGUGUGCCACCUAUCCACAUCCUGCACAGCCGCAUCUCGCAGAACCGCCGCACCAAGACGACGGAUCUGUAUCGCGCCUCGCCGUCCGCGAUCCUUGUCGCCACCGAUGUUGUUGCUCGCGGCAUGGACUUCCCCGGCGUCACCACCGUGCUGCAGGUUGGCAUCCCCUCCGAUAAGCAGAGCUACAUCCACCGCCUGGGUCGCACGGCGCGUGCCGAGGCAGAUGGUCACGGUGUCUUCAUCGUCGCUGCUGCGGAAGCCUGGUUUCCUAAGUAUACCCUCAAGGAGAUUGAGUUCAAGCCAAGGCAGGCCAACAUGUCGUCCGCAGAAAGUGUGAUGGCGAUUGCGACGAGGAUGCAGGACCAGGAGAAGGGCAAGAUUUACCAGGCGUGGUUGGGCUACUACAACAACCACAUGAAGUUUCUCAAGUGGGACAAGGAGGAGCUUGUCCGACAAGGCAACGUGUAUGCGCGCAACGGCCUGGGCGCACCCGAGGUUCCGGCCAUGGCCAAGUCGACGGUGGGCAAGAUGGGCUUGAAGGGCGUCAAGGGGCUGAGGGUGGUCCCCGAUCCGCCUCGACAGAGCAGGAACGGCGGCCGUGGCGGACGUGGCGGCAGACAGUAG